CAGAUGGUACGGGCACACCCCAGUAACGUUAUAAAGUAAUGGUUAUUUUUGAAUUGUUUUGAAAGCAAAGAUUUUAAUUAAAUAAUUUGUUGAAAGUAAUUAUUUUUAACAAAAUUUAUCAAGGCAUGAAGUGUGCUGGUCCUCAUAAAGGUAACUGAAUCGGAUAUGUAUAGACAACAUUUAAAAAAAGUGGUUGAAAAACUAGUCAUUUUUGAAAAAAAGCCAAAAGAUAUAGAAGGAAGACAAAUAACUGAGUGGUUCAGCACAGGCGAAGAGAUUUUUUACGAAUUCUAUCAAUUAGGAAAUUGCAUCAAAUGGGAUUACUCUUUAAUACAGAAAGGGAUCGAGUUGAAUGAAGUUAUAAUAAAAAUAACAAAAAAUCAAGAGUGGCUUCAAACUUUUAUAAAUAUAUAUCCAAAUCUUAGAAUCGACUUGGACCUGGUUGGUUCCGCAGGAGAUGUAUGCAAAAUUCGAUCUGGAGUAGAAGUGUUGUUGCGCGGAUUCGUAAAUGUAGAUACUCGUUUUAAUAAAGUGCUACACGAUCUGGAGGAGUUAGGAGAGGUUGAUGAAUUUGACAGGUGUUUAACAGUGUGGAGAAAUACAGGUCAUCGCCCCGAUUUUGCUUCCAAUGAAAAGCAAUCUAGUACUCCAAAACAUCAUUGGUGGUGGUACUAAACGAAACAUAUUUUUUUAAUAAUACACUAAGGCAUUUGAUUUUUUUAUUUUGUCAUAAGAUAACUUGCACGAUGGAUGUUAAAUCCAGUGAGUGGCAGGGCAAGGCCGUGGACAAUAUUACCAGAUAUUUACAUAGAGGUGGCGAAUGUCAAGGCGACGAGCCUCAACUUAUCGGUGGUCCAGAUUUAUUGAAUACAAUAGGUAUAGCUAUGGGGUUACCCACAAGUGAUCCAGAAAAGUGGACCGAGACUGAAUUAGAAAAAGCUUCAAAAGGUCAGUUAGUUUUUUAUGAAGACAAAGCUCGUGAAGCCAUUGAUGUUAUAGCUGACCAAAUUAGAUCGUGUUGUGGUGGAGAUGAUAAAAAUUUUGUUACGGUACUACCUAUUGAAUUAUACCAUGAAGAUAAAUUGUAUGAAGUGCCUUUGUUUAGAGUAAAAAGAUAUAAAGAUUCAAAAAAUUACUUUGUUGACAAUAUAGGAAGAUCUUAUGGUUCAUUUUCUGAUUGGUUUGAAUUUAAUAAAUUACCGCCUGGUAAAAUGGCUUAUCCGUAUCGACUAAUAUUGGCACCUCUAUCGGGAAGUAAGAAAGCCAAUGUAUACGUUGCUAGCACCCCUUGUUCAAGGAUAGAGGCAAAGACUGCUAGAGGUCUUGAUACAGUUGCUGCAGUUGCCGGACUGGGAUCUAGUGUAGCUUUAUUAUUUGUAACAGGUGGCUUAGCAGCUCCUUUAGUUGGAACCGCGUUAGUGACUGCGGGUUAUGGUACUACGAGAGCUGGGUAUCAAUUAGUGGAGAAAGCAACGCAUGGAGAAAAUAUUAACCCUUUUACAAAUUCAGAGUCGCGUAUGCUUUGGUUGGGCAUUGCAGCCAACUUAACAAGUUUUGGAGCUAUGGGAGCAUCAAUGCGAUUGACAUCUUUAGCUGCUCGUGGCCGAAAUAUAUCCGACGCUUUUCGAAUGGUUGCUGAUAUCGCUAAUGGAACAAAUGUAGCUGUAAGUGGUAUUGCGAUUCUGAAUACCACUAUUUUUAUGAUUAACAACCAUAAAGACUUAUCUGCAGUUGAUAUCCUUAUGCACGGAGCUUCGAUUGCAUUUUGGACGAAGGGAGUUUUUUGUUAUAAAUCAGCUAACACAAUUAUAAGUGAAUCGCAAAAUUAUGCAUUUUCUCACAUCAGUAAAGAUUUAAGUCCAGAGCAGGCCGCUGAAUUGGCUGCUAUAAGAAACCGUGUACAAAAUGAUGGACAGCUUUUAAAAAAAUUUCAUGCAGCAAUGGCCUCUAAUAUAUCCGCAAAAGAUUACUCUCAGAUAUUAAUUGAUGGUAUGAAAUACUACGAUACUGUUGCCACGCUUAGUCCAGAACAGAUAGAGGCUUUUAACAGCAUACGGAAUUAUGUUAGGGACGAUAUUCAUUUAAUAACCGGUCUUAGGCGAAUAUCGAAUCAUAAUGGGUGGAGUCCAAGUGAAACUAUUGAAUUAGUUCUGAAUAUGUGGCAAAAAUCAACCCAAACAAAUGCUCCUAGUGGAACUAAUACUAUGCUUAAAGACGGUAACAUAAUUUUGGGAAGAGCUCCACCGAUUAAAAUUGAUCAAUUAACAAAAUUGUCACCUCCCAUGAUGCGAUUCCUUGGGGAGCAUUUGAGUCAGAUAGAUGUUGCGGCUAGUCGUCAGUGGUCAUCAUCCGUCCCCUUGCUGCUUAAUCUUCAGGCUCAAGGCAUGUUUACAAUUUGUCCAGUAACAAAGGUUUUUAAGAGUGGUCGUGCUGUAAUCUUUUUGAACAAUCAGCUUGAAGUUAGUAUAUAUAAACUUAAUACUAUACCUAAGGAAGAUCGACUUAAAGUCUUUGAAAUGAUCAGUCGCCUAUCUCCUUCUGUAUCUAGUUCCCAAUUACCUUCCGAAUUAAAGCAGAUAUGUGUACGCGAUCACAGGUUGCGUUUCCAUUGCCAAAGAAAUGAGAGCAUUGGACUGACUGAAAAAUAUGUUGAAAAGUAUCCAGCAUUACGAAAUAUAGUUCGAGGCGAUUUAUUAAGUCACGAAAAAGACAGACUGUAUACAUUUGUUAGUGAAGUAGAUCGAUAUAAGGUUCAUAUCUACAUGGAUGAUAUGAUGAAAUUUGUCCAUGAAAUGCAACCAAGAAAUAUCAGUGAAUUCGUAGCUUAUUGUGAAUUUGCUAUUACUUGUGUCGAAGAUGAGAUGCUUUUGAUAAGUGACCAAAUAAAAAAGGAAAAGAUAAUUCCACCUCGCAACACAAAACUCUCGAUUUGGACGAGAAAAGAAGCUAGUGCAAAUAUUUUCAAAAACAGAGAAAUAUUGAUACAGAAGUUCAGGGAUACGUUGAAAAUAGUAACGGAUAACAACAUGUUUGGUGUUGUCACACUCGCCGGCGACCUAGCGGACGACGCGCUCGUGAUGGCCAUAAGGAAGAACACGAUCCGAUUUGGCAGCCCCGUGUCCGCCGCGUACCACAUCUUGAAGCACCCCACGACCCCGCUGAGCGCGCACGUGACUCGCGCCAACCAGACCAUCCAGCCGCCCAGCUGCUCCACCGUCAGCGUUGGCCAGGACGGGGACGUCCGCUCCGUCUACUUCAAAGACGAUAACGGGGAGUGCUUUCUUCUCGAAAGAGAUGGCCGUGUGUUUCUUUGUUCGUAUGUGCCGAAGAGUAAAAAGUAGAAUUUUAAAUACACGCGACAGCAUCUUGUUCUUUAAUUAAAAAUAAAUAAUAACAUUACUGUACACGUGCAAAUAUUAUGUUCCACGAGCACGUUGGGAUUGUGUGCCGCUAUUCUACCUGUGGUAUAUAUUUUAUAAAAUAAAAAUGUACUUUGUUGGAUUAUAUAACAUUUAUUACUUUUAAUUUUAUCUCGUAGUUCUUUAAAUAUAAAGAAUAAUAUGUAAUAUUAAAUUAAAACAACUAUAAAAGGGUAAAUCUGUAGAGUAGAGCGUAAACAACUGUAUGAAAAUGAUAUGCAUUUAGUUUGGACACAUUGAUUAGACAGAUGUUACAUUAUGUUUAUAAUUGUGAAAUGUUAUACAUAAUAUACCAAAAUAUUACAAGCUCGUCUGGGUAGAUACCACCCACUCAUUCAAUUCAAAUCAUUUAUUUUCUAUAAACAUAAUGUACAUGCUUAGUCGCUAUAUUUAUGACAUGCAAAUAUUUUAACUUAAAUUAUAAAUUACAAUUAUUUUAACUAAUUACAAGACAAUAUAUUACAUUAUAAUUAUUCAUUUAAAUAAUACUUAUAAAAUUGAUAAAUAAAUGUCAAAUAUUUAUUGCAGGAAUUCUUUUACCGCGUAAACCAUUAGUCAAACAACCAUUCAUGGAUUUUUUUCUUAAAUCUUAAAUAAGGCAGAUCCUUAAUAUCAGAAGGCACAACUCGGUCACAACUCUUUGAGCAGAGAGCUGUUUUACACGGUGGCAUAUACAAUUUAUUUGGAUAUCGCGUAUUAAAUGAUACAAUAUUCUGAUUAAAAUAAUUGGUUUUUGAAUUUCUUUACGAAACAUGCUGCUUCGUUUAUGUAGAUGUAUGGCAACGUUAAUAAUUUGCGAUUUUUAAAUAAGGGUUUACAUAAUUG